AUGCAAUGUGGCUCCGCUGGACUACAACGCGACGAAUCUAUGAGAAUCUAUUGCGGCACCUUGUUUCUCUUCGCAAUGUGGUUCCCCUGGACUACAAGAUUUGACCAGAAAAACUUGAAGGGGAUCUUCCCGUGUAACGCUCUGUUUAAUAAUCUCGAUCAUCUUCUUUGGCGAGCUCACGAAGGUGGGGACUCAGAAAAAGCACUAGCAAGUUUCCCUUGGAUCGUGUGGUUCAUAUGGAAAGCGCGAAAUGAGAAGGUCUUCGAAGGCAAAGAUAUCAUGCCUCUCGAUACGUUGCAGCAAGCGAUGGCGGAAACAGAGGCUUGGACUGUCGCACAGAUUGUUGCUGAAGCUUUGGAUGAGACACAAAAGAAUAAUCCCCCAAUCCUCCCAAAUCAAAACGUCAUAUAUCCUAGAUGCCAGGUAGAUGCAUCUUGGGUGUAUGAGACGAAUCUCUUUGGAGGGGGUCUUGUUAUGGAGCUCGAAGCAGACUCACGGGUCACAGGUUCUUUUGCAAAUCCGCAGGUGUUGUCACCUCUACAUGCGGAAUUUCACAUCUGA